UCUUAUUGAAUUACGUUUAUCUUCUCUGUUACUGAUUUUCUCGCCUGUUGUUUUCUAAAAUAGGUGACACCAUUUAUCUUCUCUGUUACUGAUUUUCUCACCUGUUGUUUUCUAAAAUAGGUGACACCAUUUGCUAUGCUCUCACGUGCUGCAGCAGGAAUACGGGGAUCAUCAUUGAUCAUCAACAUGCCUGGGAAUCCAAAUGCUGUUUCUGAGUGCAUGGAGGCUUUGUUGCCUGCCCUUAAGCACGCAUUAAAGCAGAUAAAGGGGGACAAGAGAGAAAAACAUCCUCGGCAUGUCCCUCAUGCACAAGCUGCCGCUGUUGAUGUGUGGGAGCAAAGUUAUAAGUCGGCCUCUGCUGGUGGCAAAGAACCUGGUUGUUCUUGUUAGUUGUUCCGAUUGAAGUAUGGAGGAGCAGAAAGCAUAAAAAAGGAUCUUCUUGAAAAAACUGACAGUAACUAUAGAAUGUAAAACUGCAUACAUUUACAAGUUCUGUGAUUGCUUAAUCCAAUUACUCUUUUAAGUUUUCUUGUUUAAAUGCUUCAUUCAAUCAUUUGUUUCAGUUUUAAUGUUGGUUUACAUUCUGGAUCUGUGAUUUCUAGAAAUGUGCCAAAUAUACAGUUACAAUGCC